GUUUUUGACUUUGUAACUACGCAAAGCGUUAAAUAGCAUUUGACUCGCCAUAAAAUAUUGCUCCUCCUCGUUGUUGUCAGAACUUGGCAUCAGUCAACAUCCUGACUCAUGAAAGCCACAGAUUUGCUUAAUUUAUUCAAUAAUAACAAAAUCAAAAACGUAUGCACUUCCGUGUUGGAUUUACAUCAUUGGAUUUGAUGUAUGAACAUGGAAAGUUCCAUACAAUUUACCCAAAAUCAGCAUUUGAUUAUUGAAAUCAAACUGGGGAAGUAAAGUACUCUUACAAUAACCUAGAAAAAUCAAUCCUUUAUUUACUGUCUAACUGAACACAUUACACAACCCUAUAGAAGAUACUGCCAUUUUCAGAUUUGUUUGUUUGUUUGAAUAUAAUCCAUGGCUACUCCUUCACAUGGCCGUGCAAGUUUCUCUACUCAAGCAAAUGCUCUUCUUCGUAAGAACUUAAUUUUUCAGAAACGAAAUAGACGAGCAAACUGUUGUCUUGUUGUGUUCCCACUAUUACUCUGUAUUCUUCUUUCUGUCUUACAACGAGUAAUCGACAAUGAAUUGAACAAAGAAAAGUACAGAUGUGGUUGUGCUAAAGUUAAUGGUACAACUGAAUGUGGGGUUCAGUACUCUACAUUGGAUCAAGCUUUCAGCUGUCCAAUUCCCAGCCCUCCAAGAUGGCCCGCCUUGCUUCAAGUUCCCGAUCCUCAGUAUCGGGCUGUUAGAGAUGACUCUCGAGCAAAUCAAGACUUGCCUAGGAAGUCAUGUAGACAGACGGGAUCUUGUCCCGUCACGAUCCUGGUGACUGGGAGUAAUCAAACAUUUGGUCAAAGCUUGGCCAGCAACCUGCUUCCAGCCUCCCCUAUGAAUUUGUCGGACCUUUAUUUUAGUUUGGCGAACAAUGUCUUGGGAUCAGCUUCGAAGCCAAAAGACCAGAAUUUUCUUGAUCCUGCAUUCACCUCAGGCUCCCCUCUUUAUUUUGUACGACCACUCUGCCAGUCUACGCCGUCAUUUUCUUUGAGCUUACCUAUCGUCUCAUCAACUUUGCAGCAAGAGGUAACAUGUGUUCAAGGUCUUCAUCUAUGGCGGAAUAGUUCUUCUGAGAUUAACGAUGAUUUGUACAAGGGUUACCGUAAAGGAAACCCAGAAAGGAAGAUAAAUGAAUUCGUUGCAGCAUAUGAUUUUCUACACACAAACAUGAGCAGCUUUAAUGUGAAUAUAUGGUAUAAUGCAACAUACAAGAAUGACACUGGAUUUUCUGAAAUUGGAUUGCUACGUCUUCCACGCUCCGUGAAUCUGGUGUCGAAUGCCUACUUACAGCGUCUGCUAGGACCUAGUAGUAAAAUGCUUCUCGAGUUCGUCAAAGAAAUGCCUAAGCCGGGAAAUAGGCUAAGAAUCGAUAUUUCAUCUCUUCUCAGUGCACAAUUUUUUACAUACGUUAUCAUAGCACUAUUUCCUGUUGUGCUGACUUCUCUGGUUUAUGAAAAACAACAACGAUUACGUAUCAUGAUGAAAAUGCAUGGGCUUGGUGACGGCCCUUAUUGGACGAUCUCCUAUGCUUACUUUCUAGCUUUGUCUCUGAUCUACAUGAUAUGUUUUGUGAUAUUCGGAUCAAUUAUCGGACUGAAAAUCUUCACAACUAAUGACUACAGCAUCCAGUUUGUAUUCUAUUUCGUUUAUAUAAACUUGCAGAUUUCAAUAGCAUUUCUACUCGCCCCUAUUUUUUCUAAUGUUUUAACAGCUAGAGCCGUUGGUUAUUUAGUUACGUUUGGCACUGGGCUUUUGGGUGGAUUUUUAUUUCAAAAUUUUAUAGAAGAUUCCUCGUUUCCAAAAGGAUGGAUUAUUGUUAUGGAGCUAUACCCCGGAUUCUCCCUUUUUCGAGGUAUAUACGAGCUCGGGCAAUAUUCUUUUCUAGGUGACAAUAUGGGCACCCAUGGUAUGCGAUGGAACAACUUAGGUGACAAUAUGAACGGGAUGAAAGAGGUUCUGAUCAUCAUGUUUGUUGAGUGGCUGAUUGUGCUUCCUAUUGCAUUUUAUGUCGAUCAAGUUCUAUCAUCUGGUAGUGGUGUGAAGAGAACUCCUUUAUUUUUCAUUCAAAGCUUUUUGAGAAAAUCCAAAUCUGUUUCAAGGAAGCACAGCUUACAAAAGCAAGGAUCUAAAGUCUUUGUUGAUAUGGAGAAAGCUGAUGUAGUGCAAGAGAGGGAGAGGGUAUCACAACUGAUAUCGAAACCGAGUUCAAACAUUUCCAUAAUUUGCAACAACCUGAGAAAGAUCUACCCUGGGAGGGAUGGAAAUCCUCCAAAGCUUGCUGUCAAAGGUUUGUCUCUUGCUGUUUCACGCGGUGAAUGCUUUGGGAUGCUUGGCCCAAAUGGUGCUGGGAAAACUUCUUUCAUCAGCAUGAUGAUUGGGCUUACAGAGCCAACAUCUGGUGCAGCAUUUGUCGAGGGUUCUGACAUACGUUAUCAAAUGAAUGAAAUAUACACCAGUAUGGGCGUUUGCCCUCAGCAUGACCUACUCUGGGAGACCCUAACGGGAAGAGAGCAUCUAUUCUUUUAUGGCCGACUCAAGAACCUCAAGGGUUCUGCAUUAAAGCAGGCGGUUGAACAAUCUCUAAAAGAUGUCAACUUAUAUCAUGGCGGUGUUGCUGAUAAACCGGCUGGAAAAUAUAGCGGGGGAAUGAAAAGGAGGCUUAGUGUUGCGAUAUCCUUGAUUGGUGAUCCUAAGGUUGUCUACAUGGAUGAACCAAGUACCGGAUUGGACCCUGCUUCAAGAAAUAAUCUAUGGAAUAUUGUGAAGCAAGCUAAGCAAGAUAGAGCAAUUAUUCUCACAACCCAUUCUAUGGAAGAGGCGGAGGUUCUUUGUGACCGAAUAGGAAUUUUUGUUGAUGGUGGUUUGCAAUGUAUCGGAGGCCCUAAGCAGCUGAAAGGAAGAUAUGGUGGGUCCUUUGUGUUCACAAUGACAACCUCUGCAGAAUAUGAUACAGAAGUGGAAAACAUGGUGAAAGGCCUUGCUCCUAAUGCUCAAAAGAUAUACCACAUCUCCGGAACCCAGAAAUUUGAGAUCCCGAAACAUGAAGUACGCAUUUCUGACGUUUUCAAAGCAGUCGAGAAAGCAAAGCAGAGAUUCACGGUCCAAGCAUGGGGUAUCGCUGACACGACUUUGGAAGAUGUCUUCAUCAAGGUCGCCCGCGAGGCUCAAUCUUCUGAUAUUCUCUCUUGAUUGGACUUUAUAUACUUGAAUUACAACCUUGGAUGUGCCCAUAGUUAUCAUUUAUUUCUUGUGCAAACAAACGGUGUAGUUUUUACUUAUUCUUUGUUUCUUUGAGGAGGAAUUUUGAGCACGGUUAAGUUUAUACGUAGUUUAGAUACAUUAUACCCAUACUGGUUCUUCGUUUUCAAACGAAAACCCCGUUAAUUGAUACAUGUAGCUCAAUUGAUAUCCUUUGUAUUAGGGUGUAUCAACUGUGAGCUAUAUUCAUAUAUGAGAGCGUGUACAUAAAUUUACUUUUUA